UACAUGAAAUGAAGGAUGGAGGCAUAUUUGAAGUGUAUCACUUGAACGUGCUGUUUGUGUGUGAUGCUUCGCUAGACAUAAAAUACCCCCUGUAUUUUUCUAUUCGAAGGGUACGACACAGACUUCUAGACAUGUUUUGUGGUUAUCAAGAAGGGGAUUUUCUGUUGCCUAAAGGCGGAGCAAAGCUAGCCUCUCUCUUUGAUCUGGAUCAGGCUGCCAGUCAGGGCAACGAGUCCUUCCAGUUCAGAGCCCCCAAACAGCCGAAGAAAACCACCACCGCUCUGAGCCCAUCUCCUCAAAAGCCUGCACCAACUCCUUCUGUCCUUUUGGCUACUGCUGUUCAUGCAUUCCGCUUUGUGAAUGGCCAGUACACAAAACAGGGGAAGGUGGGAGCUGCUAUCCUGGGAAAUCAUCCAACCAGAGAGUACAUGAUCCUGCUUUAUGGCAGCAAACAGAAACCAAUCACAACUGCCAAGAUCCAUCUAGGAUUCAUCUUCACAGUUCAGCCAGGUAACUAUGGAACAUUCUACGAUGACCUGAGGCACAACUGGUCCCUGAUGUUUGAGUCUGAGAAAGCUGGAGUGGACUUUUGCAAAGAGCUGUGUGUGGCCAGAUGGAACAGUGAGACCACUGUAGAUACACUACUGACCCAGGACCUGCUGUUAGGAGAGGGACCGGCGGUGGACUAUGGUGACACGGUAGAGGUGGCCUUCACAGGCUGGCUUCUACAGAACCACAACAUCGGACAGAUGUUUGACUCCAACGUGGGCAAAGACAAGCUGCUGAGAGUGAAACUUGGCACCGGCAAGGCCAUUAAGGGAUUGGAGGACGGGAUGUUAGGGAUGCAGAAAACUGGGCGUCGCCUCCAUAUUGUGCCCCCCACCCUAGGCUAUGGGUCAAAGGGCAUCCCCAACCACGUCCCCUCCUCCAGCACACUGGUCUACAAUGUGGAGAUUCGCCGGGUGAAGUUUGCUAAGGACAGUGGGUCGGAGCGACAGAGUGGGGGAUUAACCACCAACUCUCCCUCCCCAAGUGUGGACAGUCUGGGCUUUGGGAUGUCCCCUCAGUCUCAGCCCCCCAGCUCUAUCCCAGCAGAGCCCAGGGGAAAGCCUCUGAAUGUGAAAUCCAAUUCAAUAAAUGAGCAACUGAUGCUGUCGGAUACAGCCAAAGCCAAGUUGAUCUCUCAUAUGGCCAAAAUGGGUCAGCCCAUGCUGCCCUUCCCAACAGGAGCCAUCUCUGCCCAGCCAGACCACAGUGACUCCAAGACAGAGGACCCAAGUGAAUCUCACCCUUCACAUCACUGUCUGUUCCCCCAGCCCAUCCAGAUGUCAGCUGCACCCCCUGUCCAUGCAGUGCCUGAGGUCGUUGUGCCAACUGCUGCCCAGCAACCAGUGUUUAUGGAGACAGUGGUCCCACAGGCUGUGGACUGUGGUGGGAGCAGUCAUGCCUUCCAGCCAUACCCAUCAUUUCAGUCUGCCUUUGGUCCGUCCUACCUUGGUCAGUUCCACCCUCAUCAUGCAGUUUCAUACCAGGCACCUAGUGAUGUCCCUUCCUUGUUGAUGACAGAGGUGCGACAGCACAACACUGAGAUCGGACAGGCUGUGGGGAAAAUGGCAGAUAAAAUCAAUCUGUUGGUCUCCAAGGUGGAUGAGCUCCAGAAGCAUGGUGGCGGCAACUCUCUGGGUCUGUCCUCGGUGUCCAUGGAAACAGCCAUGAUCCUGCACAACAUCCAGAGAAUCACCCAGGAGAACUUGUUUCUAAAGAAGGAGGUUCUGGAGAAGAGCACCCGAGUGGAGGAGCAGAACUGGAAGAUCAGAGAACUCCUCGAACAGAACCAGAGGUGUAUGGAGCAGAGUGGUUUACUGUUGGAACAGAGGAAAGACGUGCUGAAGACCAGCAACCAACAGGACCAGACCAGCCUGCUGGAGGCAGAGCAGGACAAGCCGCACCUGACAGAGUACCUAGCCGCCUCCUCCACCCUGGUCUCCAAGCUUCAGCUGGAGUCGUCCUCUCUGCAGCGCUCUGUCUCUGACCUUCAGACCCAGCUCAGCCAAGUCCUGCAAGACAGGGACAGCCACUGUACUCAGUUCAGCUCAUUAGAGAGACUAGUAGAAGGGCUAAGGAAGGGGGAGGGGAGGGUGCAGGCCCAGUGGCAUACAGAGAAACUGAAACAUAAAGAGAUUCAGCUGACAAUCACCAACACGGAGGAGGAGCUACAGGACCUGAGGGCUGGGAAAGGCAACCUGGACAAGAUGCUGUCGGAGAGGAAGAGGACGUGGCAGUGUGAGCAUCAGCGUCUGUCUGAGGAGUUGGAGGAGGCGAGGAGAAGCAGCCAGAAGGAAACUGACCAUCUAAGGGCCAGGAGAGGAGAAGUAGAUCAGGGGGAACAGGUGGUUCUGGAUAUGGACUGGCAGCAGGGUGGGUAUGAGAAGGAACUACAUAGCCUUGAGCUAGCAGAAAUCACACAGCAGAGAGACAUUCUGGCCAGGACACUGUCAGAACUACAGGAACAGUAUAUGGCAGCACAGAGCAGGGCAGAGACCACCAGGAAGCAGCUAGAAAUGCUAUUGGUUGAGCAGGAGAAGAGGCAUGCCCAGCAGCCCAAUCAGGAUGCAAUGGCAGAACAGGUGAAGAGAGUGAUGAACGGAGUGUUCCAUUCUCUGAGAGGGGAGUUCGGCCUGCACCAGUCAUACCAAGGAAGCGAUGUCCUAGGAGUCAUGCUUAGCACCAUCAAGAGUGUCACCCUGGAUCUGCUAACAGCCCACAAUCCAGAGGAAGAAGAAAAGGUGGAAGAGGAGAAAUGGACAAAAGCUGUAGAGUAAAAUAGGAGGGAUGAUGAUGAUGAUGAUACAGAGAUGAAUCGAUCCAAUGGAUCAAUACAAGAAAAAGAGGACAGUGGAGUUACUCAGACAGCCUGGACCUCUAUUGUUAGGUCCUUGUGGUCUGAGGCUCAAGUGGAGGAAGAGUCCAUCAAUUCGGAAGGCCUAGAAAACAAGGCUGAAGACACACCAAGUACAUCCAGAGAAGAAACACCUUCUAAGGCUUGGACUGGCUCAGAGAAUGGCCCAAUACCAUCAUCUCUCAUGGUUCUUAUUGAGGAAAUGUCUUGUCAAGUACAGCCUCUGGCAGUCCAAAUUGACCAAUCAAAGUAGAUGGAAGUUGUACCUCCCCCACCAUUGUUUAAAAAAAAAAAAAAAAGAUUUUGGAAGCUAUACAAAUGCAUUUAUUAAU